UUUGUACAGUACUGGUGCGAAAUAAUGCAACUCUGCUCAAAACAAAGUUUGCAGCAACACUAACGGACGACGAUAAACGACGAAUAGAGAACGAAGCACAGAACGAGGAAAUUUCACACAUCCGAGGAAAAAGGGAAAAUUAAACAAUAGGAAGUUUUGUAAGUGCAUAAACUGAUCAAAAUAUUAGAAUAUAAUAAGUUUUACAUCAGUCGAAACAUAUACAAUUAAAAAAACAUAUAGUGCUGAAGUGCAAGGAUCAUUUGAAAAUUUGAUGGGAAGUGAACUCGCUCUGUGCAACUGAGGUUUUAGGCAGCGGCGGCCGAGUGAAAGUGUCGCGGAAAUUCUGGGCUUCGUCUGCCCGCCCUGCUUUGCGCUGUUUUUAUGCGCUUUUAACGGCCUCUGCUACUGAACACAAAUUUGCAGCGAACGAUUUUGUAAGCACAGAAAAUGAAAAAUGCAAAUAGCGGAUGAAGUGCAUAGAAAAUAACAGAAAAGUGUACAAAAAAGGCAAGUGCUUUUGUGGAAAAUUUGUAUGGUGGAGAAUACGGAAAUUAAGGCGAAUACCAACCGAACAAGUUAACGAGCAAUUGGCGCGUGCGAACAAACUUUAACUAAUCAAAUAAUUUUAUUUUACCCUGAAUAACGCCGUUGUAUUGUAUCAGAAACGAAGUUCUGUGUAUAAACAUUUGUAUUGAAUAAGAAUUGUAUUAAUCUAGUUGGAAACAGACAGCUAUUAAGGAGGCCAAUUAAAUGCGCCGACGUCCGUUGCAUUCAUCCCAUCGUGGAGAUUACAAGUGUGAGGGCGUAAGGUCGACACCAUCAUUGUAGAUGCCGCGGCUAUUGUAGCGUCAUCAAUUCAAUUGAAAUUAAACUGUGCUGGUGCAGUUGUAUUGCAACUGCAGCAAAAGUACAAUUCUAGCAGGAUAACUGAUGGAAGCACGAAAGGCAAAAGAGCUACGAGUGCGAGUGCGACGUAUCAAAGUGAACUCUUCCACCUGCAGCCCAACCACUGCCCCGAUUGCUUAUGGCACUUCAACGUCAAGCCAGCCAACAGCUAUUGACGGAAUGGAAACAGAAGCUCCUUCAACCAGCAAAAGUACGGUAGUGCCCUCAAACAGUUCCUCGCCAUCAACAUCCGAUGGUGAUGAUUUCGCUACCGUGCAUUUUAAGCUGGCAGCCGCGUUGGAGGCUGCCGCCGCACAUGCAACUGGCAGCGGGCCGGGUGCUCACCUACUCGACUGGCAAAGUAUGAAAUCGGCACUCAUCGCUGAGGCAAACUCAACGUUAAAACUCAAGAGAUCUAGCGAACAGAAGUCGGAUGAUGAUGGGGCCGAACCACGUGACUCCGAUGCGGAACCCUUAGAUUCUUUAGCCGCUGAAACGCAAUUGGGCGGCGUGCUAUUAAAACCGCGGCAAGAUAGUGACAGCAGCAGUACAAGUUCCAGUGACGAGGACGACGAUGUGCCUGAGAUAUUGCUGGUUUCACCAGAACCACAUGCAGACACUAUGGAUGCGGAUCGUUCAAUGUUAUUGUCGAAACUACCGUUUUCCGAUCCGGGAGUUUCCGUGCUGGAUGAUAAAAACCCAACGGCAGCAUUAUCGAAGAUACUCUCCUUACCGCCAUUUGAUCCGCAUGCACCACAUUUACAGGUGCAGCUGAUUAUCAAAAAUGUUGUUUCUCUCGCGCAGUUGAGCCAACGAGAAGACAAUGUUAUUGAGUUGGACAUUAAGAAGAGCCUUAUUGCGGAGUUUGCUAUCAGCAAAAAACAUCGCACACUCAGUCCAUUUAUGGAUGUAUCAAACAUACAUGUAAAACAUAGUAACGAUGAGUUCUUUACAUUUUGCUCAUGCAAAAAUUGUCUGAAGUAUCGUGAAAUUGAUGUAUCAAACAUACAUGUAAAACAUAGUAACGAUGAAUUCUUUACAUUUUGCUCAUGCAAAAAUUGUCUGAAGUAUCGUGAAAUUGUUAUACAUAUUAUGGUAGAGCAAUUCAAAACGGCGCAUAUGGUGGUCAUGUUGCUGGAUGUUCUAAUUAAGGCGUACGGGCCAAUGCUAAAAAACAGGACCGCUUACAAUAAGUUUGAAAAACUAUUGGACGCCAACAAAGAGAUCUAUUGGAUAGCUUGUGGCUUUGUCUAUAAUAAAAAGGCUGAACAUAUGGAUUUCAUAUAUGACGACUCGCUAUCAGACAAUAUGAUUUUCGUACUAUUUAGUUCCAUUCUUAUGGUGAACAAUCCUUUAUUGUUGCUGCAAAUAUUAGCCUUUCACGUCGAGUGCAUCGUUAAAGCAUACGCGGAAGGCUUCAUAGAAAUUGUGGAACCUGACAACAAUAAAAUACCCGCAGAGGAAAUGCUAACUUAUAUUUUGGACGGGUAUGAUGAUUUAUGCCGUAUAUCAGAACAGAUUUCAUGUUAUUUGUUUGCAUUUGAGAAUGAUUUUCUCCGCAAAUUUAACUUAACAUGGACACUGCUGUGUCAGCGUCUAUAUCAGCUUCAUGUUUACUCUACUCUCACCGACACUAUGCUGGCCUGUAUCAUAACUCUGAAAGAGGAUGAACUAACAUCGCGCCAUGCCGCACUUAUAAAAAAAUAUAUUCAAUUCGAUGACAAAAUGACAUGCGUUGAAAAGCGUUAUACAGAUGAUAUUUGGAACGAACUCAACAAAUUUAAUAUGUCUGAAACGGAACGCAAGCGUCGAAAGUGUCUACUUAAUGUGCAUCACAUAUUCGAUACUGUCGUGCAGGACGCAAUCGCUUUCUCGUUGCAGGAAUUCGAUGAUGACAAUGAUUUCUAUGAUUUUCAAUGCCUAGAAAAUCGGCGCCUUGCCUGGCAAAAUAUAAUGGCAUACACGAAGAUGAAAUGGCCAGAUGGAUUUUUUAAGCCGCCUAAUACAUUGGUUUGCGAAGAUAAGUGCAAGAAAUGCAAUGUGCUGUUGGAGUACCACCAAGAGAACUGCAAAUGCAUAACGUGUUCUAUCGCUGGAGGCCCACUGACACCUCGACGAUAUUCGGAUCAAAUCUGCUACAAGUGUAUGGCACAAGCCCUAAUCGAAAAAGAAGUUAAUCUAUACGAAUCUAAAAUUAUAAAUGCUUGCACAAGUGAUGACUUUUUGACAUAUAUAAAAACACGCGGCAAGCGAAAGGGUACGCUAGAAGAGUUGGGCGAAGAAGUUUGUGCUACCUUGCCAGCCAUUAAGGGAAAAGUUGAUGACACAAUCGAGUUGGGUCAAUAUCAUGUGGCAUGGGCUGUUUUUCAACACUUUAAUAAUCGAAAACGUUAUAAACAUGCAACUAUUGAUGAAAAAUAUUUUUGCAAAGAUUGCACGAGUCCGGCCUGUCUGUUAGCUCGCAAAAUACUCAACAACGAAGUAGCGCAUACUCUUUCUCUACAUUUGGUGCAAUACUAUCAGCAGCUAUCAAUGAGUAUCGAAGAACUUCGUGCUAUACUGCCAAACAUUAUGUUCUACAAUCGAAAAAUGAUUGCUUUCAACAUUGGUUUUGAUUUGACCGAUGUACAUGAUCUUGUAGUAAAGAUCUACUGGACAUUCAUUAUUUCACUUUAUGCGAGAUAUUUCAUGGAGUUCGAUCUUAAGUGUCCAUUGAAUUUAAACUACUUUGAGUUGUCAAACAAUGACAUAAAGCUUUGCAUGGAUCAACUAGAAGGCAGCAAGGACGAUACUAAAUUCGUAAAAUUUUUGGACAAAAUUAAGAGUCCAGUUGAAUUGCAAAAUCUUCAUGAGUGCAAUCACGCUCGUAUGAACGAGACGCGCGAUAGGCUACGCAAAAAGUUGUCGCAGUUGGUAAACGCGCGCAAAAAUAUGAAAGCUGCAGCAUCCGCAGCAGCUACUGGUGAUCAGCAGCAGCCGCCAACGCAGCCAGAGGCGACACCAAGCACCAGCACUAAACAGCCACCUUCAUUGAAGGCGGUAGCAAAAGCAGCGGCAGCAGCUACCGCCGCCGAUUCCAAACCACAUAGUACUACUGGUAACAAAUUGGAGGACGAUGACGACAGCUUAGUGUGUUUAAGUACAUUGUGCAAACGUAUUAGCCAUUUGCAUAUGAAUGCAACAUCCGUCGCUGGGCAAGCGGCGCCGUCUACAACAGCCUCGGCCCCUACAGCAACGCAAAGUGCUGUGGGUAAAAAAGCUACUUCGUCGGCGGCGACGGCAACGGGUUCAUCCGGCACUCCACCGGCAAAGAAGCCUGCGAAUUCGGGGCCGAAUGCUGCUGCCUGGGAGGCAGCGAAUCGUGAGGUCAACAGUACCAGAGGCGCUAGUACCAAAAACGCUGCAGGUGGAAGUGAUAAGGGCGGUGGCAGCACUUCACGAGAUUUGAGUGUGCUCAGUGUAUAUCUAAACAGCUAUUCGAAAGAGUUCCUAGAUAAUUAUUCACGCGAUCAAUCGAAAGUACGCAAAUGGAUAAACGAAACACUGAGCUACAUCGAAGGGGGCCCUAGCGGAAGCAAUGGCACCGGUAAAAAGGCUCAACCGCAACCCACUAACCCGAAGAAGGCUGCUAAAAAAGCAAAACAAAAGCAACGCAAAGAGGAAGAAAAGCGUAUAACGGAACUGCAGGAUUUGCGUGGCCAAUUUCAUGAUAUCUAUUUCAAGGAAUUCACUGACAAACAGAAAUUGAAACUGCUAAAGUCUAGUAAGAAACGCGACAAGAAGCAAAUCGCUGACCUCGAGACGAACAUCAAAAAGCUGCAACGCGCAAAAGCAAAAGUAGAAACUGUGAUAUUGGAGUUGAUUGCCACUUUAAAACAGACCAACGCUGAAUUUAGAUUUUCUUAUUUGCCAACAAAGGAACAACAAAUAGAAAAGUUAAAAUCAAUCGAAGAGAAUGCAACUACAGGUACCGGAAGUAGCGCAAGCGCAUGCGCCAAUGCCAGUACAAACGCAAAUUUGCCCUCCACAUCCGCCAAUGCCAAUGGUGGCAUUAACAACCUGAAUGUUGCUUCUGGCAUUGCGCAGGGCAAUAAUAACUACACGCUGCCAUCUGCGUUUGCUCAUGCCAAUGUGCCAGGGGCUACUUUUUCUCCCUAUCAAAUAGACUUCCAGUCGUCACAAACCGGCGCGCUAAAUGCUGGCGCUGCCACGGCGGGCUAUGGCAUGAUACGCACACCCCUGCCAGCACCCAUGUGCUAUGCACCACCACCGCAUCAAACACUCUCCCCCGAUGUGGUUGCUGCAAUGGCGGCCAACGCCGCUUGCAACUCAAAUGCGGACCCCUCUAAACGUAUUGUCACAAUACGCCGCGUUAACUUGCCAAACGUGCCGGAACCACGCGUCACGGUCACCGCCAAGGGUAGCUCGCCAGAUAAGGAUAAGUUGCUCUACACAUUCGUCAAUGGGCAGCUGGUGCCAACUACCGCGCCGCCAAUGACGCAACUUCCCAUACAGCAGUUAUCGAAUGUCACAGAGCCGCGCGUCACUAUAAGUGCAAAGGCUAGUCCUGCAGACAAAGAUAAGUUGCUAUACACUUUCAUCAAUGGACAAAUGGUGCCAACUUCGGCCCCGCCAAUGACGCAAUUGCCCUUACAGCAAAUACCGUUGCCACUGCCAAUGCAAGCGCCGCCACCACCACCGCCCAUUGUCGCUAGUGAAAUUCCGGCGUCACUAGCAAUACCACCACCACCUCUGUCUAAAACGCAACUGAAAAAGGAGCGACGCAGAGCGGCAAAAUUGGCAGCUGAGGAGGCGGCAGUUGCUGCUGAAGAAGAACUACUACGGCAAGAGCAAGCGCGUGCGCGCUUGGAGAAAUCGAACAUUCAGCAAAAAGCGGGCAAGAAGUCUAAGCCGAAAGCGGUCGAAGCUGUGGAACAGCGGGAUGUAGCCGCAAUGCCCAAUUCAAAAUCAAUGAGGAAUUCUAGCAGGAAUGUCGUUACGCCCUCGGCAUCAACUACAUCCGUAUCCACAGCGGAAGCGGUCGAAGGGGCACCUAAGAAUGCUGGGAAAGCAGCAACACAUGCGGCACAACGUCGUUCAGCUUCCACAACUACUUCAUGCUCUGCAGCCACAUCGCUAUCAGCUACUCCAGUCAAUAGUCAAAUGAAUACGCGCGAAAACUCUGUAAGCAGUCAUAAACCGGGCGCAUCGGGAGCUGAAGGAGGAAAGAAAGGCAAAUUGGCAACGCAGCAACAGAAGACUCAAAGUCAGGUUCAAAAGCCGGCAGCAUCACAAAAGAAACAGAAAGCAGCAAGUAAACAGCUUCAGCAAAAGGACAUUCAAGAGCAAUCGAGUAAGGGCAACGGAGGCAAUAAAAAAAUGGAUGAACCGAAGAAAAUAGAGAGGGCGCCAACCCCUCCGCCAGAGCCAACAGCAAUAGUGGAAGAUGACGCUGAAUUGAAAGAGCGAAAGAAGCGCAAAAAGGAGCGAGUACGCCGCACAAGGCUCGUUGACAACGGACAGUUUGACAAUAACCCUUUUGCUACAUUGCAUACGCAAGACUCAGACUCAGAUUGGGACUCAGCUUUAUCAAGCUUCGGUGAGGAGGAUAACGAAACAGACUCAGAAAAUCUGCAGCAACAAAAACAAGUUGCCGCUGUGCAGCAAAAGACAACCGUACAACCGCCUUCAUCUAAAUCCAAGAAUACUCCAAAAGCAACACCGGCUCAAGCGCCUAAACCGGAGCCGACGAUUCCCACCGCGGCGGCGGCAAACACGACAUCUGUUGUCCCGAAGGCUAAAAGUAAGGUGAACGAGCCGAAUAUAAAAGAAAAUCGUAACGCUAAUCAACAAAACGCAAGACAACAGAACAAGCGAGGCCAACAUGAACAACGAAGGGAUGAUGUUGUCAACAAGAAACAACAACAACAGCAACAACCACCACAGCAACAACCACCGUCACAAAUACCACAGCAACCGCAGCAGCAGCAAAUGGCGCAACCGAAAAAUCGCCCAGCGACACAAUCACAACGCAGGGGCGAUAAAGACAGAGAGCGUGAACAUGAUCGGGAACAGUUUAACGCGAAAGGAAAGCCAAAGGGUAAGGAAAAUGUGCAAACAAGUCAUGGUAGCAAACAUGUUAGCGGAGGCGGAGGAGGAGGCAGAGUGGUUAGUAGUGUUUCACAACGCGAACUACCUUCAAAAUCGGGCCGUCAAUCCUCUCGGCAGCAAAAGACUACUGACACCGUAUCCCAAAAGCAAACACAGCCGCAGGGACAGUUACAAGAUCCGCCACGAACCAGGGGAGGGCGUGGCAGUAGAGGAGGGGGUGGCGGUAACGGAGGUGGCGACGGUGGGGGAAGCGAUUCACGCCCGAAACGUGGUGGCGGGCGCUAUGAGCGCAGCGGACGUGGUUCAGGUGGUGGUGGUGGAAACGGCAACCAAAAUUCCAAUCGUCAUUCUGCCGAGCACAGUCAACAAAUGUCGGUCUCCGGUGCUGAGAGUAAACCACUCUCCAAGCGCGCACAGCGACAAGCGCAACGUAAUAAAAAAUUCCAAAAGCAACAACAUCUGCAUCACAAUUAUGAGGAUUGCGGAGCUGGCAUACCGAACAAUAUGGGCUACUUCAACCCAGACGAAGUUGUGAUACCACCAUCGCCUCAGCCAGUCUUGCAGCAGCAACAACAACAACAGUAUAACAACUUACCCCAACAGCUACAAGCGCUGCACAUUGGUGGCAAUCUAAGUGUCAAAGUAAACGGUCAACCACCGAUGCAACCCAGUUACGCGAGUGUAAGUAAUGGCAGCAAUAAUGGCGGCUACCAAGGCAUGGUGCCCGCUCUAAGCAUAAUGGACCAGCUAAAUCGAGGUGUUCAAGUAGAAAACCUCUCACUGCCACCCGGCAUCACUCUCACUAAGGUGGAUCCUGUGAAGAGCGAGCAACUGCGUCAAAAAUCAGAGUCUAUACGUAAAUUGUCAAAACCGUUACAACAACAGGCGCAACAGUCGCAAUCAUUCCAUCACAAAGCUGGUGCGACGAUAAUCGCACCAGGUGGCAAUUACUUCGGUGCUGCACCAUAUGCUGGCGUUGCUGCUGCAGCCGCUGCUCUGGAGCAGAGCGGCAUCAUUAUGGUAGAGGCAAAUCCAGCCAGUGGCAAUAACAAAAAAGACCAUACAAAAUCAGGUGUUGGUGGUGGCCAGGCGCCGCCCAGUGGCAAACCAUCGAAGAGUAAGAAACGGCGUAACAAAUCAAAACAAGAAAGCAAUGCACGCGCUGCUGCCGCCGCUCAAGCUGCUGCAAACGCUAGCGGCAGUGUUGGUGAUAGUGGAGCAGCUCAGAAUGCCAACGGACAGCCGAAAAUGAUAACGUUACGCAAUCCGAUGUUUCACGGUGGAGCGGCAAGCGCUGCCGCAACCAUACUACAGCAACAACCGGGAUUAAUACCAGGUGGUGGUGGUGGAAACGGCAACCAAAAUUCCAAUCGUCAUUCUGCCGAGCACAGUCAACAAAUGUCGGUCUCCGGUGCUGAGAGUAAACCACUCUCCAAGCGCGCACAGCGACAAGCGCAACGUAAUAAAAAAUUCCAAAAGCAACAACAUCUGCAUCACAAUUAUGAGGAUUGCGGAGCUGGCAUACCGAACAAUAUGGGCUACUUCAACCCAGACGAAGUUGUGAUACCACCAUCGCCUCAGCCAGUCUUGCAGCAGCAACAACAACAACAGUAUAACAACUUACCCCAACAGCUACAAGCGCUGCACAUUGGUGGCAAUCUAAGUGUCAAAGUAAACGGUCAACCACCGAUGCAACCCAGUUACGCGAGUGUAAGUAAUGGCAGCAAUAAUGGCGGCUACCAAGGCAUGGUGCCCGCUCUAAGCAUAAUGGACCAGCUAAAUCGAGGUGUUCAAGUAGAAAACCUCUCACUGCCACCCGGCAUCACUCUCACUAAGGUGGAUCCUGUGAAGAGCGAGCAACUGCGUCAAAAAUCAGAGUCUAUACGUAAAUUGUCAAAACCGUUACAACAACAGGCGCAACAGUCGCAAUCAUUCCAUCACAAAGCUGGUGCGACGAUAAUCGCACCAGGUGGCAAUUACUUCGGUGCUGCACCAUAUGCUGGCGUUGCUGCUGCAGCCGCUGCUCUGGAGCAGAGCGGCAUCAUUAUGGUAGAGGCAAAUCCAGCCAGUGGCAAUAACAAAAAAGACCAUACAAAAUCAGGUGUUGGUGGUGGCCAGGCGCCGCCCAGUGGCAAACCAUCGAAGAGUAAGAAACGGCGUAACAAAUCAAAGCAAGAAAGCAAUGCACGCGCUGCUGCCGCCGCUCAAGCUGCUGCAAACGCUAGCGGCAGUGUUGGUGAUAGUGGAGCAGCUCAGAAUGCCAACGGACAGCCGAAAAUGAUAACGUUACGCAAUCCGAUGUUUCACGGUGGAGCGGCAAGCGCUGCCGCAACCAUACUACAGCAACAACCGGGAUUAAUACCAGGUCGUCCUACAGGCGGUUUACCGCUAGCAGCACCUAUACCGAUGGAUCAGCCAGCUGCCAUAAUCAAGAAUGAGAAUGGCAUGUUCACAAUACGGAACCCGGCGCUUCAUCAAGCAGUUACGAGUGGUCUAGCGUUGGGUGGUUAUCGGCAAUUCGGUAAUGUAAGCUAUUAUACGCCACAAGAAGCUGCCGCUGAGGCUGUUAGAGCAAAUCAACUGCAGCAACAACAAAACGCUACCAAUCAAGUGAUUUCGACAAACCACAAUGGAGACGGCAGUAGCACAUCUUCGUCAUCGGCCUUUUCAUAUUUCUCGAAUACCAGCUCGAAUGCAAGCAGCGGUAAUGCGCCAGCCUCCUCGUCUUCAUCGGCCGGCAGUGUGGGUGCCAGUACAAUCGGCAACACACACAACACCAUCAGUAUUAGUUGUACCAGCAUAGAUGAGCGCGGGGGCAGCACAUCUUUAACUGGUAGUGGUGGCGGCUUGACCGGUGACGCGGCUGUAAUUGCACGACCGUCGCCACAACCAAAAUGCAUAUCUGCCAUUGGUAGUGAAAUAAAGAACGCACAACAGCAAAAGCAGAAAUGCAAAGAGAGCACGCCGCAGUGGCCUUCGUUCGUAGGUCAGGAGCUGCAAAAUCCUGGAAUUCCGGGAGCAGAAAAUUUGGCAGCAGCGGCGGCAACUUACCUCGGCAGUGCAGGAAAUGGUUGUGUUACCAAUGCCGGUAAUAGCGGUGUUGGGGUUGGUGCUUCCGUUGGUGGUGGCGGUGCAGGUACUGGUAGCUGUUUAACUUCUGCCUCAUUGCAAGAGAAAUACCAGCAGUCUAGCUAUUAUAACGGUUUUGUAGACGUUUUCCCACCAGCAGCACAAAGUAAUAGCAGUCAAAUAUCAACACCAGUUGCUCAUUCCAGCAAUACUGGUUCGCUCUUUGAUGGCGGUGCUGACUGCCUACAUCAUCAUAAUUGUGGUGAGGACUCACCGCCACCCACCAUAACCGGUUAUAAUUCAUAUUUGGAUGGUAUAACUAAUACGGGUGUUAUACGUUAUGAUGAUGCAUCAUUCUUGAAGAAUUUAAUACCUGGGCAAAAUCUAAGCAGUGAGGUGUCCAUUCAUAAUAUAAACGACUCGAAUUUUGCACGAAAUACAACAUCACCGGUGGCACAUCGUGUGGAAAUUACGCCGGUCUACCGCAGUAGACCGACGUCAACGACUACGAAUAUAUACGAACAUUGCGCAACAUCAUCAUCGCUUACACAGAGCGCAUUGAGCGAACAGCAGGCAAAAUAUCAUCCGAAUGUCGUGCCUAAUUACAAUGAGACUUUGGCUGAUUUCGGUAGUGACGCUGGUAGCAUCUUUGCAUCUAACAAUCUUGUUAAUUUGAAUGAGCUCGACGCAGGCAGUGCUGGCACUGAGUCCGAUGUUGAAUCCUAUCAGCGUUACAAUUAUGAAUACGAGAAUCAACAGCAGCAGCAGCAACAACAGCAAAAGGCAAUACUUGACCUGAACGAGCUGCUAAUCAAAAAGAGUUCGCAUAGCCCACAUGCGCAAUCCGCUUCACCAUACCUAGACGAAGCGGCAAUGGACAGUUUUGUGCAGAAUAUCAGUACGUUACAAAUAUCAACAUCAGCAGAUGAGCAAUGUGGUGGCCAUAUGAAUGGAAAUGGCGGUGGUAGUAGUGGUAAUGGCAGCGGUAGUGCUGGUGGCGCCAAUGUGCCGAGCAAUACUGCUACAACAACGACGGCGAAUGGUUGGUGGUAAAGGAAAUGUCUUUCGUUUUCACUGUCGCCCGAUGUGCGGAUGUAAUGUCCAUUCUAACAAAACUGCACAGCCGACAACAUAUUGCAAUACAUGUCCUAACAUAAAUAUACAUAACAUUUAAAAACACAUGAGCGCGUAUUGUUCAUGUUAAAUCUACCAUUAAAGUCUUAAAUUGUCAAUUUAAGUAAAACGUCAAAAUGUCAAAUGAAUUAAGCUGCUUCAGUUGCGCUGUUGUGUGGGUAUGACAGCCCGUCGGUCAUUCAUAGAAUGGCGUGCUAAUGAGUUGUCGCAGCCCUGAUUUAAAACUAAUAUUAAAACAUAUUCCAUAUUGAAAAGAAACUUUGUCAUAUUUUAAAAAUGCAUAUUAAAAAAUACAAAAGCUGCAGUAAAAGAUUGUACAUGUAAUUAAAACUACAAUGCGAGUUCUAUACAUACAUACAUACUUUGAAAUACACUAUAAAAACUAAAAAUAGAUUAAAAAAAAAAAUUAUUUUUCUUUUGUAUGUGUUUGUGGCUUAUCCACAACGCAUUUAAGGAUAUCUGAAAGUUUUAACGAUUUCAACAUCACUCACACGAGCUGGCAAUCGGGAUCAUACAAAAACAUUUGACUCAAGUGAAAAAAAAAAAUAUAAGGCACGAGGUAUGUACAUAUGUGCGUAAAUUGCUUAUAUUUAACGGCUAACGACACGUAAAUACACACAUAUACAAAAGCUAUUGUAUGUAGAUGCGUUAAGCGAAGUAAUGAAAUCCACGCAUAUGAGUACUUCCAGAGGAUCCAGAGCAAAGCAGCGUAGAGUUCAACGGCAUACAUUGGCGCCUAAGAAUUCGUUUUAAAUAAUAUACAUACAUACAUACAUAUUAAAAAAUUAAGUUUUUGCGCUUUUAUGCAAGACUUUUUGUUUUUCUAUUUUAUUUCAGCUAUUGACGACAACUGAAAUUGCAAUUAUAAAACAAAAAACAACUGAAACACAAAUCGAUGAUUAUAGUAAUCAAAUUAAAAAGUAAUUUUUAAACGUUCAAACGCAAAUCAUGAACAUGAUGAACGAUGUAAAUAAUAAAUGUGAUGUAUUAACUAUGCA